AUGGCGCCCGCUACAGUUCCGGAAAACCAGUCUGCUGGAGCUGCCGCCAGCUGUUCUUCGGCUGCAGCCUCCUCUCCCCAUAGCUCGCUGAACUCGUCCUUCCCUGUCUGGAUGCCAGAGCUGCCUGAGCUCGGAUUGCAGAAAUCUCUCUUCAAGUCUUAUAUCUGCAGUCUUGUGGGUGACCGAGCUGUGGAAAGCCAUGACCUUCCCAACGCCGAGGAACCCAGUGCACCCCUCCCGACCGAGAGAGAUGAAACUGGCAAGGCAUCAACUGCCCUCUUCAUGGAUGCUUUACUUGGUAGCAAGCUGGCAGUGCCAACCUUUGACGAACGCGACAGUAAAAUGCUCACAGAGAACGGCGAUGUUGCCUACAGCACCUCUGGGGACGUGCUCGUCGAUUUGUUUUACGAACUCGAAACUCUUGUUUCUACGGACAGACUAAAGGUUACACUCGAAGCAGCGUGGAACAAAGACCCCGAUUCUACUCUGCGCCUCCUCUGGAAUGCACGAUCAAUCCAUCUGGGCAAGAGUGACAAGAUCACCUUCUAUCGUGCUGCCGGCUGGCUAGCCCAGCACCACCCACAGACGUUCCUCUCCAACAUUGAAUGGCUAGUCCGUCCAGUGAUUCGCAAGAAAGUCCCCACCACAGACUCGGCUGUUCAAUCAGCCGAAGCAGCAAGCUCGAGUAAUGCCAACAUUAGCGAGGUCUGUGACUCCAUGGAAGAUUUUGAUAUAGUGUCUGUCAACUCAAAUGCCGAAGACGGACAAUCGCCCACGAAGAUUAGAAAGACAACAGUUGACGUCGACCUUCCGCACUUUGAGGUCAAGCAUGGUGUUAGUCACGGGUAUUGGAAAGACUUACUCAACAUGCUUGCUCUGGCAGCCAAUGGCAAACUGAACGCCGACCUAACACCAAAUGACAUCCACUGUAUCUUGAACGAUGAUGCAUGCAACAACAAAGGGAAAUCCAAAAGAGAUUGGUCUCAAGGCCGCAAAAAGUCACUGUUAAAGCAAAGGCACGACAAUACUGUAACCCGCCUGCAGGAGGACAGCUUCUAUCGUGCAUUUUUCAUGGCCGUAGCCAGGAUCUUUGCAGAUCAGCUUGCGCUUGACAUGUCCUGUAUCAGCAAUUCAAAGUGUGAGAACAAAGAGGUAUCCUUGUGUGCCAAAUGGGCUCCCACUCCGAAGCAUGCCCAUGACCGACACACAUUCAUUGCCUCUUCAAUCGCGGAGCUCCUCUUCCCGUUCGAUACAGUCUGCCCAGAGAGCGUGGACCCGACUGAUCGCACUACAUACUUGAAAUAUGCCCGAAGGGCAUAUCAGUGUUCCACCCUCUCCAAGCUACGCCGGCAUCUUGAGGUGGUUGAGCGACCUAUCUCAGAGGAGUGUUUUGAUCACAUCAGGUAUGAUAGGAUCCCGUCCCUCGCCAUGAAGCAGUACACCUCUCUCUUCAUCAAGAAAGACAAGGACGGAUUUGCGAAGUACAUUGAGAAAGUCGCAUCGGGCAAAUCUCGCAUUUCCGGUGCCACUUUGCUACCAUCUACCCUUAUUCACGGUGUUCGAAGUGUUGGCCACUCCAAUGUCUCGGGUAGUGUUGGUAGAGUUACAAGCAGCCGCUUCAAGGCCCAGAGAGAUCCUCUAACGCAAGAAAUUCUCGACAAAACGGCUGAUGGGCAGUGGAGGACCUUAUGCCAGCGCAUCCGAGACUCGGGAAAACUGGAGUCAUCGAUAGCUGUAUGUGAUGUCUCUGGCUCCAUGCUCCAUCCUAAGUUCCGAGACGGAACCUGCCCCAUGGAUUCAUCAAUCGGGCUGUCUCUGUUGAUGGCUGAGAUCACCCAGCCACCUUUUGGGGGUGCAUUUAUCACCUUCUCUGACUACCCACAAGUCAUGCAUGUCGGAGGCACAUCCGACAAGCGGUCUCUCAGAGAGAAAGUUGACUACAUUGCUCAGUCUGCUUGGAGCAUGUCUACAAACUUCGUUUCUGUGUUUGAGGAUUUGUUGCUUCCAAUGGCUGUGGAGCACGGACUCAAGCCUGAGGACAUGGUCAAGCAAGUGUUCGUCUUCUCAGAUAUGCAAUUCAACCAAGCCGAUGUGGGCCAACCAUACGAAGCGUACCGCAGACCGCAGGACACCGCAUCUUGUUGGUCGAGCUCAUUCGAACGCAUCAAGAAGAAAUUCCAGGACGCUGGAUACGAGAUGCCACGUUUGAUUUUCUGGAACCUUGCCGGUGGUCGCAAUAACCGUGUGGCCUCGAAACCAGUCACUGCAGACGAGGAGAAUGUGGCGCUUGUGAGCGGUUACUCUCAGGGACAACUGAAGAUGUUCCUGGAAAAUGGCCAAUUCGAGGAUGAUCCUGAUGAGGUCGUGGAGAGUGAGCACGGAGACGAAGUCAUUGUGCAGAAGCAGAAGAAUAAACUGGAUCCGUCUGCGGCAAUGCGAAAGGCAAUUAGUCAUGAUGCAUAUCGCAUGCUUGAAGUUAUCGACUGA